AGAAUAGAAUGAUGGAUCCGUGGGUGAUCACACCCCAGGAGCGGAUGCGGCAUACGGAGCAGUUUAACUCUAUAAAUCCGGAGGCAGGGGGUUUGUCGGAUAUGAAUGGAGAUGGGAAAAUGGAUUUUAAUGAAUUCUCUGUCGCCUGUAAACUAAUAAACCUUAAACUAAAGGGAAUGGAGCUUCCUAAAACUCUUCCUCCUCAGAUACUUGCCUCGCCUCCUAACCAACUACCCCUUGGAGGAGUUCACAGACCUAUUCAGCCAGGCAUGCAAGGGAUUGGCAUGCAGGGGAUGGGAAUGCAAGGGAUGGGCAUGCAAGGAAUGCAAGGAAUGCAAGGAAUGCAGGGCAUGCAAGGAAUGGGAGGAAUGGGAAUGCCGGGUAUGAUGGGACAGCAGAGGAUGCCUGGCAUGAUGCCUGGAAUGGGAAUGCAGGGAGGUAUGGGAAUGCAGGGAGGUAUGGGUAUGCCAAUGCACGGAGGCAUGAUGCAGAACAACGGGAUGAUGGGAAUGGGAGGAGGGAUGCCAGGAAUGGGAAGUAUGGCUAGCUCUAUGGCUGGACCUAUGGGAGGGAAUAUGGCCCCGAUCAAUACUAUGCCGGGCAUGUCAGGUAUGAUGGGUCAGCAGCAGGCUAUUGUACCUGGAGUCCAGCCCAGUGUUCUACCUGGAGGAGCUGCUCCUGUAGCAGCAGUUCCAGCUGCUGUAGAGUGGGCGAUCCCGCAACAGAAAAGAGUUGCUUACAUGUCCCAGUUCCAGACGAACGACAAGGCUAGAACCGGUUUCCUUGCAGCUGUACAGGCCCGGACACUGCUACUGCAAACCGGUUUAGCUCAGCAAACUCUAGCUACAGUCUGGAACCUUGCUGACGUUGAUAAGGACGGCAAACUGAGCUGCGAGGAGUUUAUCCUGGCGAUGCAUCUCUGCGAUCUCGGGAUGAAAGGAGAACCUCUUCCAGCAACUCUUCCAUACAACCUGGUCCCUCCUAGCAUGAGGAAAAAUCUUCCGUCUGGAGUAGUGUCUGGAGUCAGUACACCCGGUAGUGUUAAGUCCGGAGUAAACGAAGAGGUGUUAUCGCCAGCAUCCUUUGAGGAUAGACGGCGGGAGAACUGGGAGGCGGGGCAAGCAGAACUUCAGAAACGGCGGGCAUCCCUUCUUGAGGUGCAGAAAAGAGAAGAGGAAAAGAGAAAGAAGAAGGAGAAAGAAGAACAGGAGGAAAGGGAAAAGCAAAAGAAGGAGAUGGAGAAGCAGAGGAUGGAGGAGUGGGAGAAGCAGAGAAGGAAUGAGUUGGAGCAGCACCGCCAGAGAGAGACUGAGAAGGUUCUCAUGCUCAGGGCCAAGAAGGAGACCCUUGCUGCAGAACUAGAGAACGCGAAGACAAAGAUGUCUGAACUGACGACCAAUAUAACUGAAACUAGAACCGGAGUUACCGAUGUUAAGUCCUUUAUUGACGGAAUGCGAACUAGCAGGGAUACCAAGAUGGCCGAGCUUAACGCGCUCAAAAACCAACUCAAGGACCAAAACCAGCGGCUCAUGCAGGUGACACAAGAAAAGUCUAAGCUUGAAGCCAAGAACAAGGUCAAUCAGAAGAGGCUUGAAGACGGACAAGUAUUUGAAGCUGAACCAUACGAAGAGAGGAACAAGUUUGCUUAUAUUUCUUCCUUUGUCUCACAUUCAAUCAAAUCACUGGUUCCGGAAGUCGUUGAGAUCACCGACUUUGACCUGAAGAAGGAGGAGAAGUUGGCCAAGGUCGUGGAGAUGAGAAUCCAAUAUGAAACUGUCAAGUCGGAGGAGGUUUUAAAGAAACAAGAGGUUGAGGAGAACAGGAAGAUACUCCAGGAGCACAGGGAGAAUCUAAAAAAGAUGAUCGAAACUUGCAAAGCUCUGCAUGAAGGUUUCGACGAAAAACGGCGCGAAGUUAGGGCAGAGAAGUCAAAGAAAAUCCGGGAGUUAACUGAUCCAAAUCAUGCUUGGGGUGGAGGUUUCGAAGAUGCUCCUGAAGCCGAGGCAGUGGCAGAAAUAGAAGCUGAAGCAGCUCCUAUUCCUUCGGCAGCUGAACCUGCUUUGGUUGCUGAAGCAGCUGAUAUUGAGGAGAAAGCAGCAGCCGCCGGAUAUCAUAAAUACAAGGCUCUGUAUGAUUAUGAGGCCAGGAACGAGGACGAACUCUCCUUCUCGAUCAACGACAUUAUUAUGGUUCAUCCUGAGCAGGAGCAUGAACCUGGAUGGCUUGGUGGGGAGUUGAAUGGAAAGAUAGGAUGGUUUCCAGAAGCUUAUGCGGAGAGGUGUGGAGAUGGGAUUGAGCUCAGCCUACAACCUAUUGCUGAGGUUUCAGAGACAGGAAGUGAAAACGGAUCAUUUCAGGAAUCUGGAGUUGGUCUGCAAGAAGUUACAUCGGCAGACACCACUGCUGCUGCUGCUGCUACUAAUGCUGCCGCAGAAACCUCUGCAGACAUCAGCAGUGAUCCUGUUCAGGGAGAACAAGCGGAAACCAACGGAGUUGAGUAUGAGCUGUAUAUAGCAGUAUAUCCCUACGCCUCGGAGGAGCCCGACGAUCUUCAGUUUGAUGCCGGGGAGAAGAUAAUAGUGAGCGCUAAGAACGGGGAUUGGUGGACAGGAACUAUCGGAGACAAGACGGGUGUCUUCCCGUUCAACUACGUAGAACCCGCUCCACAGGACGGGUCCGACCAACCCUCCGUGAAUGAUACGUCAGCUGCGGACACUUCGGAGAUUUCGGAUGCCGAGAAGUUGGUUCGAUCUGUCUCCCAGGAUAAAUCUGGGGGACAGAAACCAAAAAAAUCCAAGAAGGAUAAGUCAGGAAAGAAGAUGGAGAUAGCUAAGGUUAUUGCACCCUAUGCAGCGACAUCCAAGGAACAGCUGACUCUAGCCCAGGGUCAGAUGAUCCUUGUGAAGAAGAAGACUGAGACUGGAUGGUGGCAGGGAGAACUACAAGCAGGGGGCAAAGGAAAGAAGCGUGCCGUUGGUUGGUUUCCAGCUAGUUAUGUUCAACUGCUGGACGGAGGUUCAGAUAAGAAACCUGCAGAAUCCAGUACUGAUCUGCCCGCAGGAGAAGGGGAGAAGUUUGUUGCCCUGUUUGAUUACGUAGCGCAAUACGAAGACGAGCUCAGCUUCCAGGCUGGUGACAGUAUCCAAGUAACUAACAGGGAUGAGGCGGACUGGUGGAGAGGUUCACUAGGAGACAAGACCGGGGUAUUCCCUAGUAACUACGUAGAGCCUGCUAAAUCCCCAGUGGUGAUUCGGAAACGAGAUCAGCUGAUUGCAGAAAUAUUUUCUACAGAGGAAAGAUAUUUAGACUCAAUUAAAACUGUGCACGAGGUAUUUAUUAAGCCUAUUCGAAACAGCAAUCUUCUCUCGAAACAGGAGUUUGAUAUUCUUUUCAUCAAUUGGAGAGAGCUAGUAAUUGCCAGUACCAAGCUCAUCAAAUCUCUUAGGAUUAGAAAAAGCACUGGGUCAAGUGGAUCUAAUGGUUCGGACUUUAUGGUAGCAGAUAUACUUUGUGAAAAUUUCCCGACAAUGACGGCGUACAUAAGGUUCUGUUCCUCCCAGCAGAACUCUGGCACCCUGCUACAGAAGCUGGUGGAGACUAAUACUGAGUUUAAUACUUUUCUCAAGCAAUGCCAAGCUCAUCCUCGUAGUGAGGGUAUGCAGUUGUCCUACUACCUCCUGAAGCCUGUAAAGCGUGUAACUGAAUACCCUCUCCUGGUGGAAAAGCUAUUGAAAAAUACCCCGUUGAACCACCCUGACUACUACUAUACCAAGGAGGCCUUGGAUAGAGCUAAAGCACUCUGUGAACAGGUAAACGAAGGGAUGAGGGAGAAGGAGAACUCUGAGAGGUUGGAAUGGUUGCAAAUCCACGUGGACCUCCAUCAUGAAGAGAAGAGUAUACAGGAGAAGAUCACCUUCAACUCUCUCACUAACUCUGUAGGUCCCAGGAGGUUUCUGCACUGUGGAUUGCUGCAUAAAACAAAAUCUGAUAAAGAACUGAUAGGUUUUUUGUUCAACGAUUUUCUUCUUCUAACAACAGAAUUUAAAGAAGAAAAAAUAUCGAAUCCUCUGUUCUUGAGUGGACUAGAGGUUGGUCCAGGGACCAGGAAACAGUCUCUAGCCUCGGACCAGGAUCCAGCUACAGGGUUUUCUUUAAAAUAUGGAGAUUUUGUUCUUGGACUAGAAGCACUGUCCACCAACGAUAGAACUUUGUGGUUAAAUAAAAUAAGUGAAAGCAUUAAACACUUUCGAAGAGAGGAAUCAGAGUUUUUAUCCAAACAGAAAACAGUACAAGCUGUAGAAAUGAGUGAAGCUAAAGGACGACUUCUCUUAAUAGUUGUUAAAUCUGACUUUCUCAGCAGGAGAGGGAGGGAGGGAAAUAUCGAUCCUUACUGUGAAGCAACUAUUGGAUAUCAGGAGCAGAAAACUCCGGUUCUCUCAGGAACAACAAGCCCACAUUGGAACACUAGUAUGCAGUUUCUUUUGCGAGAUAUUCAAGAGGAAAUUCUGUGCUUAACAGUUUAUGACAGGGACUAUUUUGCUCCUAAUGAGUUCCUUGGCAGAGCAGAACUAAGGAUUGGAGAUAUUGCGGAGGAGUGUAAAACAAAGAUGGGACCUAUCUCAAGAACUGUCAAGCUGUUAGAAGCGGAAUCUGGAGUUCUCACAAUAAAACUAGAUAUCCAACUUUUCAAUUAAUACCAUCACCUUUUUCACCAUUAUUUUCAUUUUAUUAUUUAAAGGGACUGUACGCGUAAUUUCAAGGGACCCUCCAUUCAAAGAGGGGAAAGCCCGAUUUAAAGCCUUGUAUGUUCUUCGUGUACUUAAAACUUAUAUAAGGAAAAAACAAGCUUAAAGAAAUCUAAUGAUUCAUUAAUUGUCCAUGAAUAUUUAUAAUUGGCUGAAGAUUGUAAAUUUACACUGCUAAUUAAAGCUGACAGACUAUAGGAUUGCAAUUCUUGGUAAUUAUAAUACAGAGAGCAACAACCGUGGGUUUUUUAAGCAGCCUUCCAAUAAAAUCUCCUAAGGUUAAAAGCCAAAGAGUUUUGUUCCGGGAUGCUAGGAUGGGUCGAUCUGCUGAACAAUCCAGAGAUGAUUUCAAUGAUGUACAUUGUACAUAGCUAGGAAGGCUGAAGUGACUAAUUACCCCAGAAGAAAUUCUGCGACGGAGCAUUUUUCGAAGUGUUUCCUGUUUUAAUCACCACACACACAUAUUUCUGUACACAACGAACAAAAAAAGGUUUUAAGGGUGCCGUUGUGAAUCGGGAUGUCCCCUCAUUGCAUGGAGGAUCAAUUGAAUUUACGCUUACAAUCUCUUUAAAGGGACUGUUCAAUGCACAUGAUUGCCAAUUUUACUGCUCACAGAUCCGGGUCAACUUACCAAUAUAUUUUGCUAGAAACCCACAUAUCAGAUAGUUAUAGAUAGAUCAUUGACGCGGACCGCCCUGCAUAUCUAGCAUGAAAGAUAUUUACUUAACAGCUGCCUUUUAAAAUUUUACGCGCCAUUUGAUCAGAGAACUCUCAUUAGCCGGAAUUUAGUAGUGAUAUCCAUAAAACAGAUUAAGCAGGAAAUUAUAAGUGUCCACAUAGGUAAUUCAGAUUAAGCAUAUCCCAUUCUAAAGUUCCCAGCCCUGAACACUCCCCUCAAACGAUUAUUUUUUAAUCCCUACACUUUCAUCACUUUUUUUAUUUUUAAAUUUGGAACACUAUACUAGACAGUUGCCUGAGAUAUUCGAUCAAAAUUUCAUUGUAUUGAGUCUUUACCACCAAGCGAUAUUUUCUAAUCCCUAGAUGUUUGCAACCAUACGAUUACAUAUUUUGAUAUUUCAAAGUUAGAAUAUUUGAAUUAACAGAUUUAAUUUCAAAUAUGAUACAACAUCGGAGUUUG